AGCGCCAACGAACGAUCCAAAGAUCAAUGUCCCAAAAAAGCGAGACUUCCCCAGGCGAUAAGGCGAUGUUGGGUCGCACCUGCUGAGCGAUUGCGUCAGCAGACAACUGUAAACAACACGCGACGAGCGUGAAUUCCCCCAAAACAAGAACCAGACCAGUAGGAGAACAGGUUUUGUGGUAUCGUAUCAAGAAUUUGGCGACCAUCAUCUACAGCGUGCCAACUCUUUCUUCGCUCAGUUGUGACCGAAACGUUCAUCCGAUUGGGUAUCCAUGGCGACUGUUCGUGGCGUGCUGUUUGCUGCGUUGUUGACAGUAGUGCAUUCCGUGCUGGGCCAGGGGUGCGGCGAGCGUAAGGUCGACUACGCGAAGCUAAUUCUCGGUGGAGAGGAUGCCAUCUCUGGCCAGUGGCCAUGGCAUGCGGCCAUCUUCCAUCGGAUCGAUCGUUCGUUCAUGUAUCAGUGCGGUGGUGCCAUCAUCAAUCAGAACACAAUCUUAACAGCUGCUCACUGUGUGCGGCUGAAUCAGGGCGUCAUUACGGUGGACCGGCUGUCGGUGCAGGUUGGCCGGACGUACCUGUACGCGGCGGAAAGCCACACCCAGGAGCAUCAGGCCGAGCGGAUCAUCGUGCACGAGGAGUACAGUGCGGCGCAGGUGCGGAACGACAUUGCGCUGAUCAAGCUGGCGACGGACAUUCGGUUUACGGAGUACGUGCAGCCGGUUUGCCUGUGGGACCGGGCCCGGACGGACAUUGGGCAGCUGAUCGGGCGCGUCGGUACGGUGGUCGGGUUUGGCAUUACGGAGAUCGGUGAGGUGGCGGACCGGUUGCGCGUGGCGUACAUGCCGAUCGUCGAUACGCAAACGUGCCUGGAGAGCAAUCGGAAUCUGUUCGGGCGUGUGCUGACGCGGAACGUGUUUUGUGCCGGGUUUCGCAAUGGCACGACGGUCUGUGGUGGUGACAGUGGCGGCGGCAUGUACUUUGAGAUCGAGAAUCGCUGGUACAUCCGGGGGAUCGUGUCGUUUAGUGGGCAAAACUGUCAGUCGGCUGACUUUGCCGGGUUUAGCGAUGUGGCCACGUAUCUCGAUUGGAUCAAUCGGUACACGAGCGGCACGCAGAGUAAUCCGUACUCGGCGGCGGUCAUCAACAAGCAGCAGCUGCUGGCGCUCGAUGUGUGCGGUGCGAACAGCUACCCGGGCACGCCGGAAGAUGGGAAACCAGUUUUUCAAGGCUACCCGUGGCUGGGUGUGAUCGAGUACGUGCAGAGCGCCACCGGGCAGCGGCGGGUGCUGUGCCAGGCGACGCUCAUCACACGCCGCUACGUGCUGACGGCGGCACAGUGUGUGUCGCUCACGUCGAAUGCGAAUCAAAUUCUUGGCGUACGUUUGGGAGAGUAUGAUACGGUAACGAAUCCGGACUGUGCGUUCGUCCAGGGCAGGCAAGAGUGUCAGCCACCGGUGCAAGUGGUCGGGAUUGAAGAGAUAGUCGUCCAUCCCGGCUUCAACAAUCCAGCGUUUGCGAACGAUCUGGCGCUGAUCCGGCUGCAGCAGGAAGCGAACAUUAAUCAGGACCACAUCAAACCGAUAUGUCUUCCGUUCUCGACCGCCCUGAAAUCACACAAACCCUCCUACUACAUCCGCACCGGGUGGCUGGCCCGCAGCACCAGCACCACCCUGUACCGGAGCUUCCCGAGCUCGAUCGAAUCGGUCGGCUGCCAGGACGCGUACAACGACCAGGACGUGCCGCUGGAGAAAACGUACGGCCAGAUCUGCAUCCGCCGGGACAAUCCGUCGGCCGGCGUUUGCACGUUCAACAUGGCCGCCACACCGCUCCAAUCGGUACAGGUCGUGGGCCCGAGCGAGCGGUACGUCCUGUACGGAUUGCUCUCCUUCGGCCCGAAACAGUGUCUCGAGACGUACCCGGACGUGUACACGGCGGUGGCACCGUACGUCGAUUGGAUUGUCUCGAGCCUGAGACCGUAAGCUGCAAUGCCGUUGGGCCGUGGUAUGCUUACCGUGAUCAUGCCGGCACGCGCCGCCGCCAGAUUGGUGAGGUAGAAAAGUGUCCCAUUCGGCGCCCAGAUACCGACGCGAUCGCCCUGCCGCAGACCGAGCUGAUGGAAGGCGGCGGCCAGCCGAUCUACCUGUGCACGAACGCGAACGAGACAGAAGGAGAGAAAGGUGAGGUGAAGUUUCAUUCGCAAAAACAAAAAAAAAACUAGAGGACUGUUUAUGGUAAAUUACGGGCAAAAGUGCGUCCUCGUCCGAGGGCGUAAUUGAUCUUAAUUGGCUCUCGGAGGACGAAACGGAAGGAGCCGCCGGGAGUUUCGGGCAUUUAAUUAAGCUGUCGACGCCUAUGUCUGAGUGUGUGUGUGUGUGUGUGUGUGUGUGUCCUGGGCUAUGUAAGCCGCUUACCUUGUCUAGGACGGCAGCGUACGUGAGCCUGGCGCCGGCUUCGUGGCAGGACACGAUCGCUUCAUUGUUGGGGAACCGUUCCGCGGCCAGGCGUAGAUGUUGGCCGACAUUGCGAUAGACCAGCGGUUUGCUGCCGAUAUGGUGGACGUAGCUUUGCGCUUUCUCGUGCGCUACUCCAGUGGCGUCCGUUGAUUGGGUGCGGAUUGAUUGUAGGACUCUAGUUUGAGUGCGGUAGUUUGUAGAGUAAUUUAAUAAGGGUCAUUAUAAUCGAUAGUAGGAUCAUAUGUAGGCUGAUGUAAGCGUGGCUAUUUCGUCAACUUAAAGACUUAAAAUCGUAUUUGUUUUAAUGUCACAUAUCCUGCACUGAAAAAAUCCCCCAUCACACAGAUUUAUUGCAAAGUUAUUUCCUUAUCUAUAUUACUUUUUCUUCUUAUGAGGCACGAAGAUCGCAGUUGGUCGAGCCCUACCUUAGUUAUCGGUAGCUGAUUAGUGUCCUAGGUAAGGGAGAUUUGAACCCACGCGCGGGUAUAUUUUUAGAUCGUAUAACUUGACGACAGUGGCACCGUUAGCACCCAAUAAAGUCUAUACAGCCUUUAAAAUUGUCCUCUUCUUCUACCAGCUUCGUUUAUAGACAUUCUACAAUCUUCUUAAUAUCUUAAUGUUACUGAUAUAGGGUUUCCCAUGAUUGUUUCUCGUAUUGUAUUGGGCUCAUCUCACGAUUUAUUUACAUCGACUUAUUGAAAAUCAAUUAAAACAUUUUCUUCGCUUAAUAAAUCUUGGUACGAAU